ACAAUGCAUUUUUGAAAAAUUGAAAAUGGCGGGCUGAUGUCAGCGCCGGAAGUUAUCUGGGUUCGAGGCUUCAUUGCUUGCGAGUCCGUGGAUGUGAACCUUUGUUUUGUACAGAAGAAUGGCUGCCAUCUUUAGUUUUCGAUGGAUGUUUUCCGAAGAGAUCGUGAAUUCUCGUAUUUAUUGUGGUAUUUAAUAACGUAAUAAAAUCUCGGAUAGUGAAAUAACGUUGUCCGCGAUGUAAAGAGUGUUUUUUCGUUUAUUAUUUAAGCUGCCCUGGUGUUAAUUCCGUUAAAAAAUGCUUGUGUUUACAUCCAAGUUUAAAGUGAGCUUCUGUAUUCCUGUCAUAUUAAGAUCCGCCAUGAGCGCAGUGAAGACAGCAUAGAAGCGAAGAGAGGACAGCGUGAUACCGGUUAUUGGCGGGGACUGGCAUAUUUCACCGAGUGUCCGGCAAUCAGACCUUUGUAUACGGCUUACCGUACGUUAUACGCUCCUGCUCUGCCUCGUUGUAGAAUCAACUGUCAGAGAAAAAAGAGAGGGAGAGCAAAAGAUGGACAUUUUGAAGAAUGAGCGAGAAGAAACGGAAGAGAGAGGUCGAACGUUUAUUUAACGGCGUAGAACUAGCGUAGGUAUGAAUAAAUAUUCAUCGGUAGAAGCUAUGAAAGAUGGAAAAGAAGGACGAAGGGGCACCGGGGGAGGUCAGCGUCGAACGAUAAUCGUUCAGGAAUAAUUUUGGUUCGCAUCGAAUCAAUGCAAGGGUCGAGGUACGCCAAGUAGGUCGCCACAAAUCCCAUUGCUGCCAACGCGACAAACCAGACUGCAACGCUGCACACUCGCGUCUCGUACUCUGCGAAUCUGCGCGCGGAAACUCGUUAAUUUCACGAGUACUGGAAAGCCUGUGGCAAACUGUCCGAUAUUCGAUUAAAUUUCCGCAACGGUUGAAAAACUAACCGACUAAUUGGUUUAUUUUCGCGGUACAUGCAAAAUAUAAUUAUGCCCGCAAAGUGAACGAGACAUGUAGUUGCUCCGGUUUAGUUCCAGCAUGAUAAAACAUAAUUGUCUGAUAUGUCUUUUAUACGAAGGCUUAACUACUUAUCGUUAAGCGCAAUGUUUUAUUAUCGUAGGAAAUAAAAAUUUUACGAAAACGCAUAGCCGAACAUUUAUUCGCCAGUUAACGUUGCCACGCGUAACCGCUGAACAAAUUUAUAUUUAGCUACAGAAAUAUAGUUUUGUUUCUGCUACAAGGUGUAGAGUUGGAUUUGCCAAUUUCCCUGAUUUCGGACCAUCUGAAAUAAUAUCACGUUACAUGGGUCCUCGAUACACUUAUGAUGUUUUCGAACUGUUUUUUGUAUGAAUUGUACGAAAAUGUAUUUUUAUCUUUUUUUAUUCGGUCGAUGAAAAUUUACAAUCUGAACUCGAGUAAAAAGAAAGAACUGUUGGGAUGAUUUUUCUAAGAUUUCAUUGAAAUUAAAUCCAGCGCGGUAUGCGACCAAGUACCUAACCUCGGUUAACAGACGUAUGCGUAGCCGAACGAUGAAAGUUGAAUCUCUGCCAUUGGCGUUUUGACAGUAACGAUAACGUCAUUACGUUACAACCGACAACGGUGUAGUUGUGUAACGCGCGUUAGCUUUUCUCAAAUCGGUUGACAAGACGAAUCAACUCGAUCGGGGGUUGCAUCCGAUCGAGAGCAUAAUAAUUAUCGAUGCAUAAGAUAACUCGCUGGUGUACAAAUAUAAUUAGUGUAUGCAUUUUUCAGGGUAAAUCAAUUAAUAAAAAGUUUAUUUUAUUUUUCUAUCCGAACUAGUCAGAAUUAUCGCGACCACUUUUGAACAUAAAAGCAAAUGCCCGGGAGGUAAUUGUAGUAGUGGCACGUGCCACUGAUACCGAGCACGGUAGAAAAGGCGUCAUGUGCAUUGAACGAGCCGUUUCCUAGUCACGCAUUCGUCACGUGAUUGCCACUCUCGUUUUGCUCGUCAAAGGAUCUUUUCUUGAUUCGAUAAUAACGCGGUUAAAAUUUCACGCGAAUCAAGAAAUCUUUAGCUUUGAAAUAUUCGCAAGAAACUAUUAUUUAGAUCGUAGAAAUGAAAGGACGUAAAGGAAACGUUUGGUAAUUGAAGUUCGAACAUGUUGUCGACGUUGCACCGAAGAGUGCACCACCGUUGAUGCAAGAUAGUUAACGUUUCGAAAGCACACUAUAAUUUGCAAUAUUGAUAACAUGAAAUAUCUAAUUUUAGUUUCAUGAUAUAAGAGAAAGGAACGUUCGAGUCGUUUUCGCGUUAACUAACCAAUUACGAUAAAACAGUAAAAUGCAAUGUACGUAAGGAGUGGGAAUUAUCCCUUCUUUCUCAUUGCACGCGCGCAAAAGUUAUUUCUGCGUUAUUUAGACACGUUUCAUACAUUUCGCUUAUCGGUUGUUGUUCCAGGCAAAUUAAGCAUGCCGAUAAGUUGGUUCGCUACUAUUGGUCAGUGCUGCGAACUUUUUUUUACUCGGUCGGUUGUAUACGUAGACAUAAUCAGAACUCACUGGAGAGAAUUGAUAAAUAUUAAUUUAUUAGUAGUAUAUACUAAAGAAGAUGCGAUGCUCGUAGACAUACUUGGCACGAGUCCAACUGCACGUGCAGCUUCGACAGAAAUCAGUGAAUGUUGUCGUAUGGCUUGUAACUUUUACCGGAAAAAAAAAUUACCGUCACUUCCACAUUCAUAUGAGGCGAUCGCAGCGCGAUCUCGAGCAAUUUCCAUGCGCUCUUCGUCUCUUAACUCGCCCAACGAUAUACGUAGAAAUAACUAUCGAGAAAGUUGUAUGGAUAACUGUAUGGCUAAAGAAAACUUUACUAGAUCUUUUUAUCCGUUGACAAUCUGUUAAAAGAGCAAUACUUGUUGGAAAAAGUUUUCCCGUCAAAACUGUCACGAGCAAUUUGUACCUUUCAUCUAUUAAUUAGUUAAUCGAUCGAAGGAGUUUCGAUGCAAAUUAUCAUGUAGUCGCUUUGCGAUAUCAAUUGUUCGUUGUUGUUGAACGAUAGCAAUUGUUUAGUAAAAGAGUAGGAGCCUCUAGCCGGAGGUAACUAUAAUACGUCAUAUUCGAAUUUUUUUCCACGAUCGAUUACAUUGACUGUGAACAGCGAGGAACUGUAAUUAAGCGCAUUAGUCACUUACGGAUCUAUUUGCGUCUUAAUCUUUGUGGAAUCUAAAUCGAUUUUAUCGCGUGACUUCAAACCGGUUCGAAAGCGCGCAACAAUAUUUCUUCUUUUUCCGUCAUUCUCGAAUCAUUGUUACCACUUUCGUGUGUGUCUUUUAUAAUAAAAUGUUCGAAACAUUACAUAUUCGAUUAUCUUUUUUUGCCCUCUUCUUAACGAUUCUUCCCUAUCUUCGGCAAUGAACUUAUAAAAAAAUGAUAUUCACUGGAAGUGACAAGAAUCGACGUUAGAUAACCAGGGUCUUUCUUUCGAGGCAGCAAAAGACAACGUUUUUCCGGAUCAAUAGCCUCGAAUAUUGCAACGCCACGUCACGGACAUUGAAUAAUUAAUGCGUAUUGCGCGGGAUGUUUGGUUUCGACCUAUGGUCGAGAAUCCUCAAAUAGCGGAAUCGAAGAGCGCGGUACUCCGUGAAGCUGCCGGGCGAGGAUAGCCAUUCGGUCCUGACUCGCUCGAAUUUCCAAUUGGCGUGAUCGAAAGGCCUCCAAAACGUCGACCCCGUCGGUGAUCAAGUUAUCGGGGGGUGGAACAGGUGGAGGUGGGGAACAAUUGUCCCCAGGGCCUGGCCCACCUCCCCCGGUGUCCACAGCCGAGCGUACCGAUGCUAACGAGAACGAUGCUACCGCAACGAAAUGCAUCGACAGCUUUCCGCAGGCCGCUGAAACCACCAUGAGCUUCGUUUUGCAGUUGGGCACGAUAGAAACAUCCUUAGAGAAGAACAACCCUAAUAAUCAGCCGUCUUCGUCGCUGAAUCAAGAUAGCUUACCCAACACCGUGGUGGUCGCGAGCAACAACGAUGCCGGCAAGUCUUCUCAGAUUCUUCAGUGCCUGGAGAAUACCUCGGAGAUUCCAACUGGUCACGUGAUUUCCUUUUCCACCGUGAAAUCGGUCAGCGUAACCUAUCCGGUGACGAAAACCGUCAGAGAAGUACAGAGGAUCGCUGGACCCCAGACGAAUACCACCCAGGUGCUAACUACGCGCGUGAUCUCGCAGAAAUUGCCAUCCUCUAGCCACCAAACGCAGUCUGCGCCUUUGACGUUGAACGUUUCCUCUAACGUUACUCAUCUACCGAUAAACGCUCAGCCCUUACCGUCGCCGGGCAACGGAGUGGCGCACGUGUACCCUUUGCAGCACACCACCAUGACUACCCAGAGCAAACAGCAAGCUAGGAACCAACUGAUCACCAGCGAGGGUAAGCAACAACAAAUGACCACCGCCGUGUCUAGCUUGCAAACUAGCUUGCCUCUGAAAGUUCAGCCGGUUUCCUCGCAAUUGGUGGUUAGCAGCAGCGCGGUCAGAGCCAUCAACACCGUGACCUCGUUGCCCAACAUUCAGAGGAUACACGUGAAGGCGCAGAAUCUCGUUGGACAGCCACAAACGGUUAAUUUACAGAAGGUUAAGGCCGUGACAAAUGUUAGCCAAGGGGUAACUGUGCAGAGGAAUUCCGUGCCUAGGAUACAAACCGUACAGAAAAGCCAGGUGUCCACCGCGACCGUUCAGACAGCACAGUUCGCCGUUAAUCAAGUCACGAACAAUGUCAAUAUACAGAGAACUCAACAGGGAAACUCGACCCUUCAGAAAGCACAAGCGAACGCCGUGAACACGCAGAAGGUAGCACAGGUCUAUAAUAACCAAAAGAUGUCGUCGCAGAUGUUAAACAAUUCCCCGAACCAUAAAGCACAACUUCAACAGAUUACGAGUAAUCAGCAGCAAGGAUUACAAAAGUUACAGGUUCAGUCGCAAAAGACUGUGACUGUGCCUAGGCAACAACAGUCGACUACCACGGUUAUGAACAAUGUUCAGAAGCCUAGCAAUUCUGUAGCUGGUAUACAGAAGGUUCAAGUGGUAGGACAGGUACAGUGUCAGCAACAAGUGCCAUCGCACGUUCAAAAGCAUGUACAAGUUCAGUCGGCACAGCAUCAAAGGUCACAGACUACGAUGGCUUUGCAGAAGUCUCAGACUAUGUCCACGGUUAAUUCUAGUAGGGUACAAACGAUCGGAAACGUUUGUAAGAGCAACAGUGUUCCGAAUAUCGCUAAAACGCCGCAAAACGCGAAUUUGUUAGCAGCGGGUAAACAGCAAGUAAUAUCGUCGCAGUCGCAGCAAAGUCAGCAAGGCCAUGCCCCGAGCACGACUCAGUUGCAGCAACAGAUGCUCCAACAAACCUCGCAAGUUCAGCAGUCGCAACAGCAGCAACAACAGGUGAUACAGAAGCAGCCGCAACAGCAGCAACAGCAAGCAAACGCGAAUCAGCAGAUACAAAGGAGUCACAGUAUUACGAACGUGCACCAAAAGGUAGCCACGAUCGCAACAAUGCCAAACGGCCAACGAACCCAGGUCAAUUCGAAGAUGCAACAGCAACAAAUGGUUAUGAGAGUGGGUGUACCAAAGAGUCAAGGACAAAAUUUGCAACAGAGCAACCUGAAAACUGUUCCACAGAAAAUUGCCAAUACCGUGAAAACUUCCAAUUCGCAAAAUACCGUGCAGCAAACGGUGCACAGAAGCGCGAACUCCCAACCGGUCAAAAUAAUCCAGCAACAACAAAACAUGAUGGGACCUCAAAACACUCAGAAACAGCCCGGAUGCAUUAAAACGAUACCACCUCAGAAACCAGCGCAGAGAAAUCAUGCACAGAAAGUGGCUGGUAUUAAGACCUCUUUAAACACGAACGUAAACGCGGUGAAGAAUCAAGGAGGACCGACGACUGCGGUAGCACAAAAGGCAAGCAUCAAAACCUUGCUUCCUCAACAGACUGUUGCGUCAAACAUGCUGAUGCAUAAGAAUCAGCCAAUUAAAAUACAACAGCAAACGGUACAACAAAAACAGCUUAUUACUACGUCACAAUUCCCUCAACAAGUCAGGCAACAGUCUGGACAAGUAAAAACGUUACUGCCAGUAUUUAGCACCGAACCUCGUAAAGAUGUUGAAAACAAAUCCGAACCCGAGUUGCGCGAAACUAAAGAAGACGAACGCCAACAACGACCUGCAUCUCCAAUUAUAAGAAUACCCCCUCCUUACGAGUGUCUUCAGUACGUCCUACAGGAUCACAAUUAUGGGGCACCACCGCCACGAACGCCAUCUCCUCCUUCGCCACCGUCACAUACAAAACAGACACCCAUCAAUGGCGCGUGCAGUUCUACUACGACUUCUCAGCAUCCUUUUAUUUAUGGCAAAGUUGUCAGUGGUACUAACGUGGACGACGAUGCAGCCAGCGCUAUCAGCAGUGAAACAGGCAGAGACGGUGAAUUGGAAGGUGAAGAAACUGAAACUGCCCCUGAAGGAGAAGGCGAUGACGAAGAUAGUGUUACUAGAUGUAUAUGCGAAUUUGAACAUGACGAUGGAUACAUGAUCUGCUGUGAUCGUUGUUUAGUUUGGCAACACGUCGAUUGUAUGGGUAUAGACCGUUCUAACAUUCCUGAUGAGUAUCUCUGUGAAAUCUGUCGGCCGCGGCGCGUCGAUAGACAAAGAGCUCGUGCCCUGCAAAUGCGUAAGCGCGAAGAAUUGUUGAAUUCAGACACAUCGUCCGACACGUCGUCUACCAGUUCAGCAGAUACCGAUGUUGGUGUAAAUACAAUCCCAAAGAAACGCACUUUGCAACAGCAACAAGUUCCCCGACGAAAGUCGGAACCGCCGCAAGUAAGACGGCUGAAUAAUAACAACAACAACAAUAACAACAACAACAACAACAAUAAUAACAAUAACAACAAUAAUGUCGCGAAACGACAGAGAAGGGAUUCUCAUCCGAGACAAUCUAGUACGGUUCGUAAGAAAGAGGCUACGAAACGGAGUGGUCCAGGGAAACGCAAAGCGAAACGUAGAAUGAGUCUCGAGGAUAAAGAAGAGGAAACGCAAGACACUUGGGCCUCUAAUGUUGCACCGCUCAGACAAUGGAUCGAACGAUACGAGGAAGCUGUGACGAAUCAUUAUAGUCCGGAACUUAGAGCAAGAAUUUCUUCUAUCAAAGUAAACGGCACACACAGUGAUUUGAGGCAAAGUAAUAUGAACAUCAUUGCCACUGGAAAAUGUAGACUGAAUGUGCACAGCAAUAAUGUGAGAUUUUUAGUGGCGACAAUGUACCUUCCACCGAAUACACCUGUCGUUGAAUUGCGAGGAAAGUACAUGCUGAGCACGCAACAUAGACCGUCGUAUCCUCAAGGAAGACAGCAUACUCAGAGGCCAGGACCUUUCGUAUUCUUUUAUCGGUUACCGCGCGAUGGAACAGAAGUGUGUGUAGAUACCCGAACGUAUGGAAACGAUGCUAGAUUCGUGCGACGUAGUUGUAAGCCUAACGCGGAAGUGAAACAUUGCAUCGAGAAAGGAACGUUACAUUUAUAUAUCGUGACUACUACCGCGAUCGAGAAAAAUGCCGAGAUCACGAUUAGACACGAACAACAUGAUCUGCUAUUAUCGCCUAAUCCGAAUGGCCCCAUGAUGCCUAUCGUUUGUGCAUGUAAUAAUCCAAGAGAGUGUCAAAUAGUGUCUCUAAACCAGUUAAAUAGAAGAGGAAGUAAUGGAACAUUGGCUGAAAACGCCGACGGUCGAGAAAGGAGACGAAGGGGACGACGAAACACGAUUUGCGAGGAUAGUGAUUCCUCUACCGUGGUUCCUAGUACUAUUGUUACACAGCCUACCGCACCGUCGUCGACGACGGUAUCAACGGUAUCCGUACCACCCAAAAGAACAAUUACAACCACCGUCGCCAGUACAGUACGUCAGGUACCCAAGGAGGAAGUUCCGAUGACGGUGCAACAACCGCAAACAUCGCCAAAUCCCAGUCAACCGGUAAUUUCAGAAACGAAGAAGGAUAAAAAGAAAAUGACUAGGGAGGAGAGAAAAAUGGAAGCUAUCAUGAAAGCUUUUGAAAGACUAGAGAAAGCGGAGCAAAGGAAGCAGGAGGUUCAAGCGCGUAAUGCGCAAAGGAAAGAAUCUGGCGGUACGCAUAGUGACAACGAAGAUACACACAAUGUGUCGCUGCAAUCUAAACAAAAACCUCAAAGUACCGAGAGACCUUUGAGACGGAAAAGGAGAAAAGGUCGAGCGAGGACCACGAGUUCUUCUCAAAGCAGCAGUCGAAGAAUGAGGCUGAAUUCGGCUGAUUCCGACGAAUCGUCCGGAGAAGAGAGCACCUCGAUGCAGUCACCGCCUCUGAGCCAAAAUCAUUCGCAAAGUCGUGAUGCGCCGUAUUCGUCUCAUUUGCAUACACCGAUCAAGAAUGCCAAUGAAAGCGCGAACACGUCUGGUCACCAAGGAAUUCCAACAGCUGCUGGCUUGUUACUAGCUUUAGCGAAUUCCAACGCGCCUGGACCUAGUUCGCCUCCAUUGCAGCAACCGACGCCAGUGAAGAGUCCAACCUGCGACAGUGGAGCGAGCAGUAGUUCUCAAAGUUCCACUCCAUCCACUCCUCUGUCGUCGGCUUGUUUACUAGUCGCGGCGGCGGUUGGUCCUCUAGCUCCUGGAUUUAAAUUUCCUAAAACCAAGAAGGUUCUGAUGAACGAAUGGUUAAAGGAAUCGCCUGAUCCACCUCAGAACAAUAUGUCUCAGGUUUCGCCGUUGCCAACCUUACCACCAGCACCAGUUCAGAACUCGAUAAAUACACUUUGCAGGUCUACGGAUUUUUCUUUGCCAACCGAUUCGUCUGCAGAGUUUUUAACGCAAAGUUAUGCAGCCAAGAGUCUGGCAACCCUAGUCCAAGCAGCUAAUUCCGUUUCUGGAAUAUGCGAUUCACCGCCUCAGCGUAGACAAGCGGUCGCUGGGAACAAUACGGUGUGCCCAGUUUCUACAGGAUCUGCCAAGAAGAGAUGGCUGCGACAAGCUAUCUCGGAAGAAUGCGAUUCACCAAACAGUCGACCAGAAAGUCCACCGCCCAGUGAAAUGGUAGCUCCGCCAAAGAAGCGAAGAAUAGCUAGGGAAAGUUUGUCGUCGGACAAUUAUACCCCACCUACGACACCGACCAUGUUGAUUCCUGAAUCUGCUCCGAGUAAUAGAUCUCUAUGUCCAACUGAAGACGACUUCAUCGAACAGCCGCAAUCACCGUUGGUCGAACAUAACGACGAACAUCAGUCGGGGACAGAAUCUGUGAAACAAGAAAUAGUCGAUUCGGACGAACACGUGAACAACUCGCACGAGAAUGUACGGCAAAAGCUAUCGAUAGACAUUCCUCAAGACUUUCACGUUAAAACCAUGAAGAAAGAAGAAGUGGCGACGACGGUCGCGAAAACUGAUUCUUCGUUUGUGAAAUCUGAGAAUAUUGAGAUGAAAGAGGAAACAAAGGAUGAAAUGGAGUGCCACGCGUAUACGAGUUUCGAGUCGAAACCCUUUGUUAAGGAUGAAUAUCGGUCUAUUAAAAAUGAAAUGAUUAACCGUCAUAGAGAUAAAAUCAAGAAAGAGGACAGUAUAAAGAAGGAGGAAGAGAUGGAUGUUGAAAAGGGUACGGUCGAGAUAAUCGAUCAGCACGAAGGGGACACAGAAAUGGAAGAUCUUAGUUCUCCCAUCGCUGUCAUGGAAUCGGAUGUGAUUUUGAAACAACGCGUAGCUGAGAUGAGGCUCGAGUUUGGUGGCAGCAUAGGUGAAAUGAUGAAUACCGAGAGCGACAAGUUCGAUGAAGACAGAAAGUCCGAGAAAGAUGAUGAAAAGUCAGAUGAUAAUACGUCGAUCGACGAAUUUGACGUGGAAGCGCAAAUGAAAAAGAUCACUGGUGACGAUGGGAACGAUUAUAAGGAAAAAGUAGACAGCAGUUCAGAAAAGGAUAAGAGCAUGGACGGUAUAGAAGGCUUGAUGGAAAGCUCCAAGGAAGAUUCAGAAUCUGAAGACAAAGAAAUAGACGAUUUAAAGUAUGAGACAUCCUUCAAAUCCUUUCAUUUGAAUCAUGGGGAAAAGUUAUUUAAUGAGUUUGAGAACGAUCACAGAUCAGCUAAUGUUGUCGAGGAUAGUGCUAAAGAAAUCGAAGAGCACAGCGAAGAAUUUCAAAAAACCGAACACCCAUCCGUAUUUGUUGCUUCUUCGGAAGAAUCGAUAUUCGAAUCUACAUCCUCUAAUAUGGACGCAGAAUCAGUUGCAGACCCACCAAAGAUUUUUCAUUCCAUUCCACCGUUAAGCGAACGUAUUCGCAAGAAGACAGAGGUUACGAGUACUUCAAAGACUCAACUGAACUUCGAAGCAGCCAUCAUUGAAUCCACAAUCGACAUGGAUUCGGUUGACGAAUCUAAGAACGGCGAGCAGCAAAAGUCAAUGCUAUCGACUGCAUUAAGGGAGUUGCUAGAAGCCAAAUUAGAUGAUAUGACAUCCGAUGGAGCGAAAGAAGAAAUCACUGACGAUAAUAGUACUCCGUACGUUGAGCCAGAAACAAAGGUAGAAAUUCCGGAGCAGAGUACGCAAGUUCAAGAAACGGUAUCAAAACCUGUUCCGCAAAAUGUUCAUAACGAAGAUGCUCCAACAAAGGAAGCCGAAACUCCACCCAAAGAAAUAAAACGAUUAAAGGAUCCAAGAACAGUCGUCCCAAACAGCAUGCCUGCUCCAGCAUUUAAACCCGAAUCGAUCCCUCCUGUCAAACGAAAGUUAUCUAUAUCAGAAUACCGCAAACGCAAACAACAAUCGACUGGCACACCCCCAGAACCUGAACCAUCGAGCGAUACUUCGACGACGGAUAAAAGUGGAGCGAGAGGUAGAUCUGACAGUGCGAGUAGCGGUACCUCGUCUCUGAGUUCCGACGAAGAAGGCUCAAAAAUUUCGAUGACGCUCGAUAUACCGACCCUUACUGCGUUACCGCUUUUUAAUAAUGCGGAAAACGACGAGAAGAAAGGUGGCGAAGAAGGUACGAUUGGCUGGUCCGCUGCUCCAACUUUGGUUGAACGUCAAAGAGAAAAUCUGACGGAACGGUUGAAGCGAGAAUUUGGAUUAUUUCUCAGUGACGACGAAGAGGAAAGAGCUCGCAAGCACGGUCUAACGGCGGAGGCAAUACUGAAGGCGCGCAAAACGUCUCCGCCUCAUCCCACAAUUACAAACACGCCACCGGGUUACCCGGUUCCUCAAUUGCCUCCCCAGCCCUAUAUACCUCCUCCUGGAUCUGCAUCCAUACACUAUCCUCAAUUUCAAGCAAAACCUUGCCCGGUUCAAUAUCCAAAUUUUACCGUCCCGCAGAACGCGCCUCAGCCAGUCUACGUGAAUGCCGCUCCUCAAGCUUCAACGAAUAAGCCGGCGCAACAACAAUUUCUAGUACCUCAGGCGUCUCAAGCACCUCCAGGUUCGAAUCCGUAUCCUCCUCAGUUCAUUCCGCCAUCAACCACAGCAGUAUCGAUCUCCAAGUUCUCGUCUGUGACACCGCCAUCGGGAAAUCAAAUGUAUCCUGCAUCUGGCCAAUCGCAGAAGCAAUUUUAUAACCAUCCGGCGCCGAGGUCUUAACCCGCAUAAAAAGGUAGCGCUAUCGAAAAAACGGUUUCUAGCUGAGAAAAUUGUUUUGUUUCCUUUUUCAUUUUUUCUUUUUUAAAUCAUGUAAGGUCUUUCAUCCAAAAUUCGCGAGUGUUUCGUUUCAGUGGAACUCGCAAAUUUGGUAGUUCAAAUUCCAUUUUUUAGAUUAGCGCGAUCGAAUUAGAGUAUACGUAUCUCCUCCGUAGCGAGCCGAGGAAAGCAGCGAAACGAACUAUGUUUCGAGGAGAACAGAUAAAUAUAUAUAAGUUCACACAAUCUCCUCUUCUGUCUUGCGUCGUUCGUGUUCGUGUUCUAGCAAAAGAAGGCUACAUUUAGAAAUUUUAACAGAACGAUGAUUUUCGCGCACGACUGGCUGGCUGCCAGGAGAAAAGGGAGAAGAAGAAAAAGAAGAAGAAGAGAUACGUGAUCUCAGGUGCUACACUGUUCUCGCUCGUAUUAGGAACGUUACGUAUGCGUGCAUCGUCGUCCGCUUGGAAGAGAAUGCUUUCUGAUGGUUUUAACAGGCAAUCGAUGAGAUACUCGGCGUGGCCUAAAGUGAUAUUUAAGUAUUUCGAACAAAAUAAGAAAACCGAAACGUAGGCGUUUUCGUGCAUUUUAACGAUGACGAGCGUUGUUCAAGGAAAAACUUCAUUGGCAACUAAACAUAAUGGCCAAAGGUGUAUCUCUAUGCACUUUUUAUUACCAAUGAAAUAUGGUGCCCUAAGAAUCGUUUAUACAUAGCAGUAGUCCAAUUUUGGCGAAACCGCGAAUAAAAUUGGAAUUAAUUCGAGUCGAUGAAUUUCAUCGACUUGGAAUCUCUGACAGUUAUAUAUAUUCCGUAUAACUGUAACAUACACGCGUUUUCAAAACACAGUGACACGUACACACACGAUACAUGCAUACUUGCAUUUUUCUGUAAAUAUCAUUUUUUGCAUAUAUAUAUGCGUAAUAUAACAUGAUACAAAAGAAGUUGUACAUUUGCUACUGUAUGGUUGCACUCUGUUCCAUUUUGUUACGUAAAACGAAAGCAACGAUACGCGGUAUUAAUAGAAUCGGAUAUGCGUUUAAUUGAGUUCGAAUCGAACGACACACAAGUACCGCACAGUAAACGAGUUCCUUGUCGAAGAAAGAAAUUCGCUUCUCAUCGAUUCCAAACCUUGAGUGGGAUACAAAAAUGCUGGCCUGCUCAAGGAAUAACGAAAUUGUACAAUGAAAUUCGAUAACGUAGACUGAACACUUUCUCGCGUUUUGUGGUUCUGUACCUCCUGUUGAAACGUAUGUAAGAUGUUUCAAGUUCAUUAGCGAACAAUUAACGGCGCAAAGUGUACAUUGAAAAACGUUCUAUCGUUAACAGCAAGUGAAAUUAUUCCGCUGACAGAGAAUCUCGGCAAGAGAUUCGAAUCGUUUUCGCUUGCCAGUGAACUUGUAGCUUAUAACAUUUUUUAUUUUAUGGAAUCAUUUGCUCGCGCUGGAAUUUUCUUAACUUUUCCUUUAGUUUUUCCUGAACACGAUCGACAAUGAUUUCCUUUAUGUUCAGACGGGUACAGGAGGGCAUAUCAUCGCGACGAAUAUUAGUUGACGAUCCGUGAAAAUCCUGAAACUGAACAUUCAUUCUCAAGUACAAAACUCUUUUAAGAGGCGAUUUAAAAUAGAAUGUAUGCAUCGAGGAAGAAAGAGACUGAGAGAGCGAGUGUGCGUGUGUAUGCGUGUGUGUAUGUGUAAACUGCAAUAAGGAAAAAGAAGAAAGAGAACUUAGUACGACAGAAAAAGAAAUUGUAGGCUAUUUUUUGUAAAGAAAACGAGAAAAAACGAAUUGACGAAUUCAUAGCUUGCUCGCUUAGCUUUGCUUUCCGAUAAUUCGUAAUUUCUAAAAUCAUUCUAAUCGAUUCGCGUACGUACUAAAAAAAAACAAAAUGUCGAAUUUUCUUUAAUAAGAGUUUAUUUAUUGCACAGCGCGUGCGAUGUUCGUCCGUUGUUCUUCUACUUACAUUUCUUCUACUUAUGUUUUUUUCCUUCUUUCAUGCUUUUUUUCUUUUUCUUUUUUAAUCCGGUGAUCGGGGACAUUUUUACUCGACAGUUGUAAAAAAUGAUACCUUUUGAUUAAGGACAAUUUGCCCAGUGUACACAACAAGUGGUUUAAUAUAAGAUAUAUUAGUGUACAAAGAUUUCGCCAGGAAAUUCUCGCGUAUUUUGUCGUGUGUACAUAUGUAUUAACUGCGUUAAUUGCGACACUUCCUAUUGGAAGUUCCUCGAUUGUAACAUGAGUUAUACGUUUUUCGGCUCUUGUAUAUCUUGCAAAUUUUAAACUCGCGUUUUAAAUUCUAUUUUAACGCCAAACCCACAGACAUACACUAACACACAUACAUACAUACACAGACACACAAAGGGGAAACUUUGUAGUAAACUGAAGAGUUUAAAUUUUGCUGAAUCUAAAAGUAACAAAUAUUUAUUAUUAUUUUGCUGAAUUACUUCUAUAUGGGCAUAUUAUAACGACGAAUUGUAUGGUUGUCGAAUCAAAUCUUCAUCAAAGUAUCGAAGAACGAAGAAGGAGAUGUGUCUUUAUGUACCUUUGUACGCAGAAAAGUGAAGAACUCUUUGAGUAUUAAUCAUUUACGGUCCAAGUACGUCUCCCAAGCACAAAUCCAUUGCAAAGUUAAAUUUAACACACAGAGCUAAUAAAUAGACCUCGAAGGGUUAAAAAUAAUUGAUCGCCAAAUAUGAAUAAGUAUUUUUUUAUUAUCGAAGGGAAAAGUGAAAGAUUAUACUCGAACAGUUCGUACUAGUUGGCCACGGAUCAAUAAUCUUCAGUUUUUUUUUAUAAUCCUUAAACUUUAGACAGAAACAAAAGGAAUAGCCAAUCAGAAAUAAAGUUUCACGAUAGAAAGAUGGUCGUUGAGAUUUUAACGCGCGUACAAAGCCACGUUAUACCGCUUCAGAUAAUAUCUAAACGUGUGAUAUCAAAAUGUGUAGUAAAGAUCUCUGUGAGAUAACGAAACGUUCAAAAUGAACAGUGGAGAGGUGAAUUUUAAACGGUACUCCUGGGUGAAUUCUAUGGAUCUCAUUGGUAAAAAGGGAAAUAAUAUAUAAAAGCGUGAAAUCUUCCAAGCAUCGUCCUCUUCGUAAUUUAACUUAAGUUCGUUUGGCUGCACCUUCUGCGAUAAUAAUGGCAAAAAAAGAACGAUAUAAGAGAAACUGUGGGGAAAAACAUCUGUUAAACGAGCGAUAUUUUUGGCAUUUGGUAUUCCUUUAUACUUUAGCCGAUAUAUUAUAAUAAAACGUGUAUACUAGUGUAAGUUAUACUCGAAUCAACCGAGUGGUCAUGAACGUUGAUAAGGAGUAUGUACAGCUUAUACGUUCGCCACCUGGUUGGUGUACUCUGUGAAAUUUGUAAAUAUUUUUGUAAGAUAAAUUUAAGUAUGGACGUCUCCUUUGAGAUCUUGUGUGUUCUUUGAAGAAAGCAAAAAGAAAAGAAAAACCCAUAGAGAAACCGAGAAAGAAACAAAUGAAAAACAUAGCACUGGAUUUAGGAUAUGAAGACACGUAAAAACAAAAACAAGCGGUAAUACGAUUGCUUUUGCGACUGCAUACAUUGCAAACAUACAUACAUACAAAACAAACAAGCAAACAAACACACAAAAAUGUAAACGCGUUCAGCUUUAUAAAAUAUAUUCUAUUCGUUGUACAAUUCUCUCUGGUUGCCCUAACGUAUCUGUAUAAUGAAAACAUUCUGAUAGAUAAAAAACGACAAAGACGUUCUGUUGUUACAUAUAAAAAUAUAAGUAAGACGUGUUAGAAAGGUGAGAAGGCAAAAAAUUAGGUAAAACUCGUUAGUACAAUAGUUUUGAAUGUUGUAAAUAAAACAGAUCAAUAAUAA